AUGGACCCGGCCUCGAUCAAGUACUCAUCCCCGGAAGGUAGCCACCGUCGGCUUUCCCGCGAUGUCCAUCACCAGACGAGCCAACCGCCGCCAACCCAUGCUUUCCGUAUCACAACUCUCUCGUCACAUCCGAAUCUCGAUCUGACUGCUGUGGAUACUCAAGACCACGCCUACCAGCUUCAUCCACGUCCAAACCUUCUCUCCACCACGCCUGGUGCUCAUCCCGACUUCGGCCGCGCCCAUCAUUCUUCACACGAUGGCUUCGACCGUGAUCACCCGCCACCGCCGCCGCCGUCGGCCCGCAUCCAUCGACGCUCGUCCAACCCCCAGUCGCAGCCUCCUCGUCCGCACCAUACGUCACCAAGCUCUCUACCUCCCCACUCCGGACCGUCGAGUCAGCCCCAGUUCGGUCUCACAACUCCUAGCAUCCCCACACCCCAGCCUAGUACUAUACCCCAGAUCAGUUCAAGGGAGGCUGUAUUCGGCCCUCGGCCUAGACCGCCAUCGGUCGUCACCAUUCCCGAGCCGCCGGCCGAGCGACCACACGGCCAAUUAGUGAACAGAAUAGUGAUCGAUCCGCCCAACUUGGAGACUUGGCGUGAUAAGCUGUUCCAUGUUGAUGACAUGAUUACUUUGACAAAUGACGAAUUUGAGACCUAUUUCCCCCAUAUUGAUAAUGUCUACUCACAUCGGUCAACUCAGAAAUACAAGCGCAAAAAUUUCGUUUCACACUACUGGGACUGUCGGAUGAAAGGACGGCCGCCUGGUACUCCUAAGUCGGAUGAUCCUGCUAAGAAGAAGCGAAAACGGUCUGCGCGGGAACGUGAUCUGUGUGAUGUUAAAAUCAAGAUUACCGAACAUUUUCCUGAUGCAACAUUCUCGGUGGAUGGUAACAUUAAUAUCCCUUCCACUAACAGCUUUCAAUCACUGCACCAAUUCCCAGAUGGUGUGGUGCGACGUAUCAGCAGUCAGAUCACCACCAACAAGUACUGGACCAUCCAGAGGGUGAACGGGAAUGGAGGUAAUGGUAAAGGGGAUGGUGUUCCGGGCCCCCAUAAACAUACGCUGCAGAAAAGCGACGAGAUCAAGAAGUCUACUGUGCAGAGAUUCCUCGCUGCGCAGGAGAAAGAAGCCAGGAAAGGACAGAAGACGAUACUGCAGAAGCGGCCAUCUGGAAAUGCUCUCGUAACAGCCAGGAAACACUCGAAAGAGUCGCUGCUAAAACUCUACGCAGCAAGUUUUUGCCCCUUCUCUCAACGGGUAUGGAUUGCUCUUGAAGCGAAGAACCUACCAUAUCAGUACUGCGAGACAGAUCCCUUCCAGCGCCCAACUCAUUUGCUCGAGGCGAAUCCUAGGGGGUUAGUCCCGGCUAUUCGCCAGGGCGACUGGGCUAGUGGAGAGAGUGCAAUUAUAUUAGAAUACCUCGAAGACUACGACCGAGGGGUUCCUUUAAUGCCUACAAACCCUAGACUCAAAGCAAACUGUAGAUUAUGGAUUGACCAUGUCAAUACAAAGAUAGUCCCAGCAUUCUUCGCCUUGGUGAAGACGUCGGACAUGCAAAGGCAGACUGAGUAUAUCGAUAAGCUCCAGGGCGAUAUACUGGCAUUGGUUCAAGCUGCCGAUGAACAGGGUCCUUACUUUCUGGGCGGUGACUUAUGUCUUGUCGACAUCCAUCUCGCGCCUUUCGUCAUCCGAAUGUCGCGUAUACUCCGCGAGUUCCGGAACUGGCAGGAUCCUCUACCCGGCACGCGCUGGCGACAAUGGUCUGAUGCACUCGAGCAGAAUCCUCAUGUCCAGGCCACCACGAGCCUCGAUGAACUUUAUGUUGAGACAGUGGAUCUGUUCAUUGGAUCAUCGCGUUCGCAGCGGGGAGACUAG